ACAAAAAAACGACGAUGACUUGUUUUAUUUUGAAGGUCAUUAACGGAAGUCAAUACUUUAACAGUUUUACUCCGUGUGGCUUGACAGAAAUAACUGUUCGGCACAGCGUCCAGCCUCCUUUCAUGUGCUGAAAAACAUAAUAUAGCGCUACAAUGAGAGAGGUGAGAGCAAAGAGUCAGAGGCGCCUUUAAAACACAAAGAUGGAGGACGACCUGGUGUCUGAGGAUGAUAUCUUGCUGUGGUCAGAAAAGGAGUUCCACGAUGCUGCAAAGAGGAACGACCUGGGGAAAAUGCAGGAACUGAUCAAGAAGGGUGUGGACGUCAAGGCCAAGAAUAAAAUAGACCGUAAAGCACUGCACUGGGCAGCUGGAGCAGGGAAUGAACAGGCUCUACGUCUGCUUCUGGACCACGACACUGAUGUUGAUGAGAAGGAUACUUUUGGCAUGAACGCUCUGCUUCUGGCAUCCUGGUUUGGUCACCUAAAAGUCCUGCAGAUCCUGGUGUCCUGUGGAGCAAAGCUUAACUGUGAAAACAAAGAUGGGCUGAGGAUGCUGCACUGUGCUGCCCAGCGAGGACACAUCAGAGUGUUGGAGUUCAUCAUGGAGGACCUGGAAGACAUUUGUCUCGACAGAGUUGACAAGUUAGGAAAGACAGCACUUCAUCUGGCUGCUGAACAUGGACAGUUGGAAGUGGUGGAGUUUCUGAUCGGAAUGGGCUGCACACAUGGUUUGAAGGACAAGGAAGAGAACACAGCCAUACAUCUAGCAGCAAAGUGUGGGCACACAGAGAUCCUGCAGAAGAUGGUAGAGACCGGCAUCGACGUCGAUGAGAGAAACAUAGAUGGUCUCACAGCUUUGCACCUGGCUGCUGAUGGAGGUCACUAUGAAUGUGUCAAACUGCUGCUGGAGUCGGGCUGUAAUGUCAAUUCACAAACUAAUAAGAAUAUGAAUGCUCUGCAUUAUGUGGCUCAGCAUGGCUUUGACAGAGAAGCCAGUUUGCUGCUGGAAGCAGGAAUCAACAGAGAUGCUGUAGACAAUCAAAACAACACAGCGCUCCACUUAGCUGUAUUUAACAACCACACAGAGGUUCUACAGCUGCUAAUCCAUGCUGACUGCGACCUGGACAUCACUGACAGUAGACAACAGACUGCACUGCACAUUGCAGCAGAGCACGGCUGGCAGGACAUGGCUGAGAUGAUGCUGAUCUCUGGUGUUAACCUCAAUCUGACUGACAAGCAGGGGAAAACGUGUCUAGAGGUGGCAGCCAGAGGAAACCAUGUCAUCCUGGUCGACAUGAUCAUCAAAGCUGACCGUUUUUAUAAAUGGGAGAAGGAUCAGAUGAGCAGUGAACAGGACUCCUGGGUCGGGAGGCCUCUGAGCUUCAAGCAGGAUCACCAGCAAGAGACCCAGCACCUCCGGUCUGUCCUGUGGAACCUGGCAACUAAGCUCCUCUGCCGUGGGGAAUGGAAGAUCUUGGCACAACACUGGGACUUCAGCGAUGCACAUAUACGAGCUAUAGAGCAGCAGUGGACAGGCAUGAAAAGCUUCAAAGAGCAUGGUCACCGAAUGCUGUUAAUCUGGCUCCAUGGAGUUGUGAUGGCAGGGGAGAACCCGGUCAAAGGCCUCUACGAGGGGCUGGUGGAAAUCUCACGGACAGACUUGGCAGAGUGCAUCCGGCAGAAGGCGAAUGCAGAGACCAGCUCUCCCAAAAUGUGCUCUGCAAUGUGAUCAACACUGUGAGUGACAACAAAUCCAAGGUUUCAGUUCACUUUAGUGCUUUAACAUUUAACUGUAAAUGUCAUCAACUGAGCCCUUGAAAAGAAUAUCAUCCAUGGUGUGACCUUUUAUUCUUCUGGGUUUAAUUCUUUUUAUUUUCGUUUAGGGUUCAGGGACUUGAUUGCUGUAACCCUGUAAAGUACCUGGUGGAAAUAAAAAAAAUAAUAAUAAUAUAUAUAUAUAUAUAUAUGUACUUUUAUUAAAAAUGCAUGCAAUGAACACCUGCUGCCACUACUCAUACUGCACUGUGUCUGUGUACUCUGUACACCAAGGGCUUUUCAGCACAUUAUGACAUCUUAUUAUUCAGGCUAGUAUAAUGUAACAUUUUCUCCUACAAUGUUUCUCAAAGUUCUUCUUCUGUAAAGUUGUAUUAAGUGGUGUAUGGGGAGGGCUAAGGCUCCAAAGCAAACUCAGAAACCAGCUAUGCUGCAGUAGCAAAGAGUUGCACACUUAUACACCAGGGGGCUCUGCACUAUCUGUCUUUGUGGCCUUACAGAAAAAAGGUUAUUUUUUUUAACCUAAGUGUUACAUUCAGUUUGGCCAUAGAGAGAGAUGAAGAGAGAGAGAGUGUAAUGACAACUUCAUUCCAUUAAUACUAGCAACAUGAGUAGAUGCACCUCAGUGUCAUCCUCAGUUUAAUCUUAAGCCCAGAUGGGAGGAAAAAGACAUCUCACUGACAUUUUAACUGAAACUGUCCACUGACAACAUCCAUUUGAUUAUGCUUUAACUUUAACCUACCGACCUUACUAAAGAUGCAUACUAUAGACUGUAUAUAAAUGCUGCACAGAGUUUAUAGAACAAAAAAAUUAUAAUGGACAUUUUGAGUGUUCUGCGUUUUUUUAGACCAGUAGUUCGCCACCUGACACUCCCUGAAGGGUCACAAAAUAACAUUUUAAUUCUAGUAAGAUGAAUUACAGGAAGCAUUAAAAAAAUAUUGUACUGCUUCUGGCCUUUAAGAAGUAUUUCAAUCAAGCAGGAGAAAAAAGGUCCUUGGUGGAUGUGUUGAUAACUUAUAUGCAACUAUUGAUGAUGAAUCAUAAGUUUAUUUUGACGGUUCACCAGCCAAAAGGGUGAAGCACUUUUCUAGAUAAAUGAGUUAGACUGGGCAGCCUUUCACGGGUGUGAUGCAAGAAAGUUGAGUAAUUGUGUGUGUUUGUGUGUGUGUGUGUGUGUGUGUGUGUGUGUGUGUGUGUGUGUGUGUGUGUAUUCCUGCUUUUUUAUGUAUCUGCUGAAAUUAUGCACUAAACAGAAUUGUUCAUUUGACUUUUUGGGAGGAGAAAACUGUAAAAACUCUAAGGUAAUGCUGAAUAAAGUAAUGUUUUGCAUGAGGUGAAUACUUAUCUCUUAUCACUUUACAAAGUAAUGACAUCACUUUUUGUAAUGAUUUGUAUGAUAAAUGUAAUGGAUUUAUAUUUCUGUAUUGUGGUAUGUGAAUGUAAAUUAUUAUAAAGAUAAUUGAAAUAAAUAGAUUUGCCUGCACCAAUACACAUAUUUUGUUUAAUUAGUGUAUACACUUUGUAUGUAAACUAUGUACAUGUUCAUAAGAUCAAUAAAAAUCUCUUUGACAAAACAAA